CAGAUAAGAAAUUUCGGAAACAUUUGAGCCCAGGGAUUUACGAAGAACUGGCAGGUCUAUAGCAGCAUGUUCGAGGUUCCUUGGAAAUCAAAAUCUUUUGCCCCCGAGCAAAGGAUAGAACCAUUAGAAGGACUGUCCAAAGCCAGAAGAAGAACGCUGACUGCCAUUCAUCAAUUGGAAGCACAGCCAUCUUCACAGAUAAUAUCAGCAGAUCUACCCGCACGCAAAAGUAACCGCCCAGCCCGGAUUGUUGAGGAGACACCCGAUGAUUUUUUCUGGAAUCGACGAUCGACAGGUGGUGGUGGGGCACCUUUACGGAAUAGGGAAGGGCAUAUCAGCGCGCUCCGGAGACGACCCCCAACCCCGCCAACAGACGGUGGCAGUCGCGUCGAAGCGCAUAAUGUCCCACAGACGCACAUAGCUAGCUCAGCGGAACCCCCAAUAAUUCAACAACCCGCUGAACCUUCAUACCCUGCUCCUGCGUCCAGGUUUGCACGCACAAAAGGAACUUUUGGACCUGAAGACUCUGACAAUACCCGACGCAGAGCCGAGGCACUGGAAUGGCAGGCUUGCUUGCAAAAGCAAAUUGAGGAAAAGAAGGCGAGGGAACGUCAAGAGAAAGCAGCGGCAGAUGCAGCAGAGCGUAGAAGGCAGCUUAAGUGGGAGCAGGAAGCCGGUAUCCUGCCAGUUGCCAAGGAGAGCCCACCCGUCCAGGUAGAACAGUCGACAGUGAAACCCAUGAAGAGUACUUCAAGCAAUGCCAGUGAAAGCACUCCACAACAAUUGCAAAGCCGCAUUCCUCGUCUGCGCCGAGAAAUGCCAAGCUCUGGUAGUGAAAAGCUGUCAGAAGAGCUGCAAAUUAUGGCUACCACAGUUGAGCGCUUACUGCAAAUUGCACCGCGCCGAACUGAUAUUACGAACAAUAAAGGGGUCCGACAUGUUGAUAAGCUCCAACGCGUAAGAGCGUCAGCACCAGGUUCUAUGACAAAGGGACCCGGGCAGCAAAGAAGAAUCAUGACCACUGCAUUGCAUUCUGGUCCCGGAAAAUCCGUUAUGGAGGCGCCCAAAAAGAGGGUGUUAUCUGCAGUUCACGACGGAGAAAAGACAUCACAACCCCGGCCAAUAAGUUCGCAGCAACAUUUCACGCAAAAACCCUCACCGGCGCAACGAUUGCCCAAAAUCAAGUCAAAACAAGAUGUACCACACUCCAAGCCCGCUUCCAACCAUCCGACGCCCCGUCCCCCCUCCUCCGAACCACUCCUGCGGUCAUCCACCAGAAGAAUAAAGGUCUCAAACUCAAACCAGAGGCAGAGCCAGCAGAGCCAGACACGGGAAAGCGUGAUAAUAGAACAGAAAGAAUGGAAAAGAAUAAAAGCCCUCACCGAGCCUCAGACCAAUCUUCAGCCGGCACAGCCCACAUUCCAAGACUCCGCUGAGAGUGAAGAAGGAAUCACCAGUGCUCUUCAACAGAGCAAAAAUGCCGUCGAAAAAUCAGACACCUCCGUGAACGGAUGUAGUAACUUGCUUAAAAAAAGCAAACUUGAAUGUCCCGAGAAGAACGGAGGGGCAAGACCGCCCAACAAAAAUUCCCUACCUAGUUCCUCUGCGUUGCAUAAUGAUUCCGACUCUAGUGAUAUUCCACCAAACAACGUUCACCAGGAGGCAAUGACGACAUGGCUGACGAGCCUUCGUUCGCCAUCACCGCCAAUACCUACUCUCCAAUUCAAGGAUAUAACAACCAGGUCUAAGCAGCAAUCUAUAUCAUUGUCUGUUGAGCAACCAAAGGACCCACCAACUUCCAAAAGACCGUCCUCGGACGAGCAGAAAGUAGCUGCAGCACUUGAUCAGUUGCGUAAUUUUGAAAGUAUAUUAGUGGAAGAAAGGCGACGAUUGGAUCAAGAAAUGUCAAAGACUGCCAAAUAAUAUUAAUACGCCUUUUCAUUCGCUACGAGGUGCCUCUGAACGUUUCAAAAUCAUGAUAACUGUAUCACAUGUAGUCCAUAGAAUGUGCAUGCGGAACGACGCAGCUUUUGGUGUAGAACAUAGCAGCUUUUUGGUUAGAGGACUAUCUCGUAUCUCGUCAAGUGAACUCUAAUGAUUCCAUGCGGAGUCUGUUCAGAUACUGACAUUCCAAGAUGAAGCUACCAUAGUGCGGAAGUGAUUGAAAUGGCACUAGGACCCAUUAUUAUCCGGAUUAAUCCGGU